UAUGCGUCAUAUCCGUUUCCACUGGACGUACAAAACUGAUCGACAAAGAGGCGCGACUAGUAGAUCUUGGAAAUUUUGCCGGUGAUAAGAGAGGUUGGUUGAAGACAAAAUAUUGAACAAAGAAACAUCAGUAACAAAUAUAUAUAUCUGAAACAACAUGGCCAAAACACCAGCAAUCGGUAUUGACCUUGGUACAACCUACUCUUGUGUGGGAGUGUUUCAACAUGGUAAAGUUGAAAUAAUUGCCAAUGAUCAAGGAAACAGAACAACCCCCAGCUAUGUAGCAUUCACAGAUACAGAACGUUUGAUUGGUGAUGCAGCCAAAAAUCAGGUAGCCAUGAAUCCACAGAACACAGUUUUUGAUGCUAAACGACUUAUUGGUCGAAAAUGGGAUGAUCCAACUGUUGCUUCAGACAUGAAACACUGGCCCUUCGAUGUCACCAACGAUGCUGGUAAACCAAAAAUCCAGGUUGAGUAUAAGGGGGAGAACAAAACAUUUUAUCCUGAAGAAAUCUCUUCAAUGGUUCUUACCAAGAUGAAAGAAGUGGCUGAAGCUUACCUUGGGAAGACUGUCACAAAUGCCGUAGUCACCGUUCCAGCCUAUUUUAAUGACUCCCAGCGUCAGGCAACCAAAGAUGCUGGCACAAUUGCUGGUAUGAAUGUUUUACGUAUCAUUAAUGAACCAACAGCUGCAGCAAUUGCAUAUGGACUUGACAAGAAGGGUUCAGGAGAAAGAAACGUUUUAAUCUUUGAUCUUGGUGGUGGUACAUUUGAUGUAUCUAUCCUGACCAUUGAAGAUGGCAUCUUUGAAGUAAAAUCAACAGCUGGAGAUACACAUUUGGGUGGUGAAGAUUUUGACAAUCGUAUGGUUAACCACUUUGUUCAAGAAUUCAAAAGAAAGCAUAAGAAAGACCUCUCCACAAACAAAAGGGCAUCCAGAAGGCUGAGGACAGCUUGUGAAAGAGCUAAAAGAACAUUGUCUUCUAGCACACAAGCCAGCAUUGAAAUAGACUCCUUGUUUGAAGGCAUCGACUUCUACUCUACCAUCACCCGUGCCAGAUUUGAAGAAUUGAAUGCAGAUCUGUUCCGCAGCACCUUGGACCCAGUAGAAAAAGCACUGAGAGAUGCAAAGUUUGACAAGAGUCAGGUUCAUGAUCUGGUUCUGGUGGGUGGCUCUACUAGAAUCCCUAAAAUCCAAAAGUUGCUUCAGGAUUUUUUUAAUGGCAAAGAACUUAACAAGAGCAUAAAUCCUGAUGAAGCUGUUGCAUAUGGAGCUGCUGUACAGGCUGCCAUUCUAAAUGGAGACAAAUCUGAAGAAGUGCAAGAUCUUUUGCUUCUAGAUGUGACUCCUCUUUCAUUGGGAAUAGAAACUGCUGGAGGAGUUAUGACAACCUUGAUAAAGAGAAACACAACAAUUCCAACACGUCAAACCCAGACUUUCACAACCUACUCUGAUAACCAACCAGGUGUACUAAUCCAGGUCUAUGAAGGAGAACGUGCUAUGACUAAAGACAACAACCUGCUUGGAAAGUUCGAGCUAUCUGGCAUUCCUCCUGCACCUCGUGGUGUGCCACAGAUAGAGGUGACAUUUGACAUUGAUGCAAAUGGUAUCAUGAAUGUUUCUGCUGUGGACAAAAGUACGGGCAAGGAGAGUAAGAUCACAAUCACCAACGAUAAAGGUCGCCUGUCUAAAGAUGAAAUUGAGAGGAUGGUUAAGGAUGCUGAGAAAUACAAAGAUGAGGAUGAGAAGCAAAAGGAUAGAAUCCAGGCUAAGAACUCCCUUGAGAGUUAUUGCUUUAACAUGAAAUCAACUAUGGAAGAUGAGAAACUUAAAGACAAAAUAUCAGAAGAUGAUAAGAAAAAAGUACUUGAUAAAGUAGAUGAAACCAUAAAGUGGCUAGAUACCAAUCAGAUGGCUGAAAAAGAAGAGUUUGAUCAUAAGCAGAAGGAACUGGAGGGUAUUUGUACACCAAUUAUAACCAAGAUUUACCAGGCUGGAGGUGUUCCUAGUGGUGAUAUGCCAGGUGGAGUACCAGGUGGUGCUGCACCAGGAGCAGGUUCUGGUGGUAGCAGUGGUGGACCAACUAUUGAGGAAGUUGACUAAAAUGAUGAACUUCUAGUCAAAUUCAUUCGGACCUAACUGAACAUUGGGACUACAGUCUUGUUUAAGAUUUAUUUUAUAAUUAACACAGGCCAGUAGUCAAUCCAGUAGGGUUGUAAAACCAGUAGUGUACGUAACACUUUAAAGAAACAAGUAUUUACUUGUAGAGCUUUAUGCUGUGAUUUUGUAUUGUAUGAUAAUGAUUCUUAACUAAUGCUACUAUAAUCACUACUUAGUUACAGUAUUGUUAGAAAUAGUCAUAAUUAUUACAGCACAAAUAAUAUUGUUAAAGUAAUCUGCAGAUCUUUUAUUUAAAAUGACUUUUUAUUCUUGAUCAUAACCCAAAGAUGAUAGUGUCUGCUUCUAGUUUCCAGAUUUAAUUGUAGCAUAAAGUGUAAUUUAUAACUUCCUUAUUUUAUUAAGGUUUCAGAAUGUCAAGUCAAAUCUGAACUCUCAAAUGUCACUAACUUUAAGAUUUACUGUUUGCUUAUCUCUACUGGCCUGUUUCACAAUAGUUGACAUAUUUAUAUCAAUUUGAGUUAAGUAUUUAUAGUUAAAUUUUGACGUUUGAAUUUGACAAAUAAUAAAUCUUGGUUCAUCA